AUGAGGCUUGUGUCGUACCUAGCUCGAGGUUCUCCAACGCCGUCCGGUCAGCUCCACGAGGCGACCUCCCACCAUGGCGACGUGAGUAUUCCCUCUACGCACACCGAGACCCCUGCUAACCUGUUCGUCAUGGCCAGCAUUUCAAACAUAUUGUCGUUGCCAUUCCGCAAGUCCACGCAGCUCUCGCUCUCGUCGACAAUACGACAGUACAUCAACACCAAGUAUGACCAGCACCCCGACAUGUUUCGUCAGGACCUCGAGGUCAUCGACACCCUACGACGAGAUGCGGUCAAUGUAAGGGAGCCGCACCCCAGCGGAGUGAAGAAGCUUCAGGCCUAUGCUGGACAGCUAGUGUGGAUCGGGGGCAAGUUCCCAAUCGACAUUGGUGCCGAGUUUACGUGGUACCCAGCGCUAGGAUACAAUACCGAACGACCGAUGGUGCGAAACAAUCUUAAAUACGAGCUAAUGAAUAUCCUCUACAACCUCGCCUCCCUCUAUUCCCAGCUCGCGGUUGCGCAAUCGAGAUCAGGUACAGAAGGUCUUAAAACAGCCGCAGGCUAUUUCGCCUCGGCUUCUGGAGUACUAGGACAUAUGCAGAAGGAAGUCUUACCCGAACUUCGCAUGUCUGACCCACCCGAGGACAUGGACGCCAACACCCUCGAGUCUCUGUCCCAACUUCUCCUGGCACAGUCGCAAGAAUGCUUUUGGCAAAAGGCGGUCAUGGAUGGGUACAAGGAUGCCAUCAUUGCUCGACUGGCCGCUCGCGUAUCUGAUCUGUACAACUCGGCGGGGGACGCUGCGAUGAAGAGUGAGGCCAUCAGCUCUGCCUGGAUCCACCACAUGAGCGCAAAGCACCAUCACUUUGCUGGUGCCGCGCAAUACCGAGCCGCAUGUGACUGUCUGGAGAAGAGGAAAUACGGCGAAGAGGUUGCACGCCUGCAGGACGCUGUGAGCUGCGUAAAUGAGGGCCUGAAGGAGAGUCGGGGCGGCUACCUGAACAAGGCAGUGCUCGAGGAUCUUAAUGGCCUCAAACGAAAGGUCGAAGAGGAUCUCAAGAGGGCAGAGAAGGACAACGACGUCAUCUAUCUCCAACCCGUGCCGCCAAAGUCAGAGCUCAAGAUUCUCGACAGAGCCAACAUGGCAAUCGCCAGAGUGCCUCCACAAGUAGCCAGUCCGUUUGACUAUCUCGGAGACCAGGCCGAGUUCGGACCGGCCCUGUUUACGAAAUUGGUUCCAUUCUCCGUUCACGCUGCCAUCACCAUCUACGAGCAACUUCGCGAUCGCAUAGUAAACGAAAACAUCAUUGGCCAGAUGGAAACGCAGACCGAAAAGCUGCAUGCCUUGCUGAGCUCCAUCAACCUGCCUGGUUCGUUGCAGGCCCUUGAGAAGCCGCUUGGCUUGCCUCACAGUUUGGUUCACCAUGCGGAGGAAAUACGGCAAGCAGAUGCUAUUGGACGGAUUCAGCGGGCCUUCUCGGAUAUUGACAAGCUAAGGACUGCUGAUAUCGCAAUCUUCAACGAAGGCAAAGCGAUACUGGCAGCGGAAGAGGAGGAGGACAAUCGAAUGAGACGGAAAUACGGUACAGAUAGGUGGUCAAGACCAGAAAGUCGAAGCGACCCCCAGGGAGGCCAAUUCUGGGCUCAAGUGGCCGAGAUCGAGGGCUACUUUGCGAGUAGCACGAGUAGUGACGCGGUCGUUCGAGACAAGUACAAAGAGGUCCAGGACUUGCUCGAAAUGCUCUCUGGAUCCGAUCGAGCCAUUAUGGACUUUGUCCCUUCUUCUAGGCGCAUGGACAUCCCAGAACACCUGAAGCCGGUGAUAGGUAGGCUUCGGGGAGCUUACAACGACGUCCUGCGACUCGAGUCUAAAAGGAGAAAGAAGGCGGAGGCGCUGCGGGAGAGGGCUAGAACGGAUGAUAUAAAGCCGGAAAUCCUGAAAGAAGCCGCACGACUCGAGAGAACAUACCCGACAACAGCGAUUGUCCCGGCCCACUUUGAGGACUUCUUUGAGAAGCGUCUCGACAAGCUGUACGAUUCUGAGAUUGAAGCUGUGGCUAAGGAAGAGGACGAACAAGAGCGUCUCAUGACUGAGGUACAGAGAGUCAACCGAGAAUUUGAGAGUCAAAAGAAGAAUAUGACGAGCGGCAAUCGCGAGCGCGAGCAGGCGCUCCAGAGGCUUGACAAUGCCUACUACAAGUACAAGGAGAUCGUUAACAAUGUUGACGUCGGUCGGAAGUUCUACAAUGACUUGAGCAAGGUCGUGGGUCAGAACUUCCGCGAUCCUGUCAAGGCCUGGGCUGCUGAGCGGCGGAUGGACGCCAAGAGUCUCGAAGAGGAGGUCAGCAUGCCGCCGCUUAGUUCUCUGAACCUCAACCGAUCGCCGGUCCACUCCCCCACCGGUUCAAACUACGACCCGCGUUCCCAGUCCUACUUUAGCGCCAGCGUCGUCCCUGGCACAACGGCGCAGCAGCAGCAGCAGCAGCAACCUUCGCGUCAUGAAGUGCACUCUCCCGCAGAAGCACACAUCCAGUCGUGGGCCGGGUCGACUGUCGAACCCCAACACCCGAGACCGGCGGCCGCAAUAUCAAACAUGUGGCAACCUGAUAUGGGCAUCAAGUUCGGGGCUCAACCAGGUGCACCGGCGGCGCCUUCCGGCGGAUCAACGCAGGGCCAAAGCACGGCGAGCCAGCCCCCGCGGGGAGGGACUUGGAACCCUUCUUCUGGGAUCAAGUUCGGUUAG